CGCCGCGCUCAGUCCCGGGAUCGCGCUCCCCGACGCCAUCCGCCUCCGGUACCGCGUCGACGACUUCACCAAGGAGGAGCAAGAUGAAAUGUACGUGUUCUCGACGAGCCAGAAGCGCGUGUCGGUGGAACUGGUCGGGACGAACAAGGUCCGGGAGAAGCUGAAGAACUUCGAUGAGCUGUUGUGUGCGUCUGUUUCCUUCAUGGGAGUGAGCUCGACCGGAUCACCGGAGGAACUGCAGGGUUUGGUUCCAAAUCUCAGACAGCUUGAUUUAACUGGAAAUCUGUUUUCUAAGUGGAAAGAUAUCUUCUCUCUUUGUCAAGCUCUGCCAUCUCUGGAAGUUCUCGAUUUGACAAACAAUAGGAUGGAGAAUGAUAUUGCAGAAAGUCCAGUUCUGAAGAAUAUCCGUGUUAUGGUUCUAAACAACUGCGGUGUAACGUGGGAACUGGUUGGAAAGCUUAAAGUCCCAUUUGCAUGUCUCAAAGAACUCCAUCUAAUAUGGAACAACAUGAACAUAAUCACGACUCCGGCUGGUAAAUUUGUUCAAGGUUUUAAUACAGUGCGACUCUUAAAUUUGGAAGACAAUCACAUUGUUUCAUGGGAUGAAAUGGUGAAGCUUUCUUAUUUAAGAAGCUUGGAACAGCUCCAUUUGAACAAGAACAAGAUAAAGCAUGUGCGAUACCCGUCUAAUCUUCCAUCAUCAGGGCCUCUUGAUGAUGUAUCUGUCCUUCCUUUCGAGAAACUGCAAGUCCUUUUGUUAGGAUCUAAUGAAAUAGAAGACUUUCUUUCUGUUGAUUCACUUAACCUCUUUCCGAGUUUAAUGGACGUCAGGAUCUCUGAUAAUCCUAUAGCUGACCCGGCCAAGGGUGGUGCUCCUCGAUUUGUGCUUGUUGCUCGGCUAGGAAAUGUUAAAAUACUAAAUGGUAGUGAGGUAAGUGCGCGUGAACGGAGGGAAGCAGAAAUACGAUACAUUCGUCUUGUUAUGGGAAAAGCAGAAUCAGACGACCCAGACGUGAUCAAACAGCUACACCCUAGGUUUGCUGAACUGAAGGCUUUACAUGGCAUUGAAGAUGAGAAGCAAACUUCAAGGACUUUAGGCCCACAAAAGAUGUCAUCUGGGCUUAUAAGUAUCACCUUCAAAUGUGUAGGGCCAUCUAUGGGUGAGAAGCAACCACUGACAAAGAAACUGCCUUCUACAACUACUGUUGGAAAGCUGAAAUCUUUGUGCGAGAGCUUCUUUAAACUGAAGGAAAUCAAACUGAGAUUGUUUCUCGAGGAAGAGGGAUGCCCGCUACCCCAACUGCUCGAUGAAGAGACGGCUUCGCUCGUGGAACUUGGGAUAGGCGCAGGAGCAACCAUUAUCGUCGAUGAAGAGAACUAGUGGUCCGCGGGGAACAGAAUAAAGA